AUGAACCAAUUAAGUUCCUGUAGUAUUCGUGUCAUUGACUUGGACGAUGGUUCUGUACGUUCAAUCUUAUGGGAUCCAAAUGUCCCUGAUCAAGUCUUUGAAAGUCUCGUGGAAUCUCAACUUCGUGUGCAAUUUGGUGUCUCUGAUGAAGCAUGGGUUGAUCUCAUUGAUACAGCAAAUUCCAGUCUUGUACAUAUUACCAAAGAUGUAUUAUCAAAUAUGAAAGAUUCCUUAUGUUUAUGUCUCUCACCAAAGACAGAAGCAUUAGCUCCGAUGAAAACAACUGAAGUUUUUGAAGUUGUUUUUCAUGAUCGAUCUCUCGGAAUGACAAUACGAGAACAGAAUGAAAGUGUCAUUGUGAAUCAUUUAAAACGAAAACCUGAUGGAUCAUUAGGUGAAGCAGAAGCAUCAGGACGGAUUCAACCUAAUGAUGUCAUUUACAAGGUAAAUGGAGCGAGAACCGUUGGUCGAAGCUAUGAUAAUGUUGUUCAGAUGCUUCAGACUCAGACACGACCUCUUAGUAUUCAGUUUUUCCGUCCAUUUCGACGAGAAGGACUUUUUGCAGUGGAAUUUCGAGGCCCGAGUCUUAAUAUGACGAUCACAACAGAUGAUGUUAAUGUUAUUGUAAAAGAUUUACCAAUGGCUCAUCCAAAUAUUGUAGGCUAUGCAGAAGCUCAUGGCGUACGGAUCUUUGAUAUUAUUCAUGCAGUGGAUGGAGAGAUCAUUAACGGACUUGAGUAUAACCGUGCCAUUAGCUUACUCAGUCGUAGUACACGUCCUAUGGUGGUGGUUUUUGCACGCUCGAAAGUGAUGCCUCCCACACCAGGCAGAUCGACUGGUGUCAUGAGCAACCGUUUCUCAUUUGCCUCAACGGUAGCGCCGUCGCCACGCCCCAGUAAUAUGGACGGUUUUGGCUUACGUCGGGGUUCAGGAUGCUCUGCGUUGAGUGGAAUGGAAGGCGAGAACAUGUUGGUAGAAGAAAUGCUUGAGUUUUGUGAAGGUUUGGGCAAUGACGGCGUACUGAACCAAAAGGAAGUUGAGAUGCUAAAGGAUAUGGUGCUCGCCAUGCGGCCAGACGUAUGCAGUGCAGUGAAGCGAAAGAACAACAAUGCAAUUGUAGCGAUCGUGCGGUCGCCAUUUAUGCGGCUUUGGGACAGCCUACUGAAGACGCGAGAGAGUAUUUUGUUGGCAGGACCCGUGUCACUUAAGCGCAAGAAGCGCUUUCAUUUGCUACUCACAGAUCACGAACGUCUUCUUUUUGUCAAUAAGGAUACUAACUUAUUAGAGGACGAGAUCAUGUGCUCCCAGAUCGUGACCGUGAGCUCGCGCUCUAAGUACCAAGAGCUUACAAUCUCCACGAGCAAGACGGAUUACGUAUUAAUUGACAACUUUAUUGGACCCGUCAUUUGGGUGCAUGCGAUUCUGCCGUUUACGUGCACGCAAGGCAUUCUCAAAGUGGCUAGCAGUAGACGCUUUCUUGGCUCCAAGAAGCGGUAUUUCGUGCUGCGUGGUAAUCAUCUCACGGGCUAUAAGAAAGAGAGCAUGAUUCACCAGGUGGGUGCCAAGAGCAGCACAAUUUCGCUUGCCGGUGCUAAAAUUGAUAUUACAGACCCACGCAGCUUGACUUUCAUCAUCACCACACCUGAGUUCAGCCAAGCUGGCAAGAAGCUCAUCCUUACGGCGACGUCAACACGAGAAUUUAACAAGUGGGCCACGGCAUUUAAAGAACUGCAACCAAUGUCUCCUUCCACCACUGCUUCAACCUAA